AUGCGCCUCGCGCGCGUCUCUCGCGCGCCGAGCGGCGCCUCGCGAGCGCGCGCGCGAAGACGCAGACGCACGGAGAUGCCACGCGCGCGAUCGAGCGUUCGCGACGACCGCGUGGAGCUGCACGACGCGGGCGUUUCGAUCGAUGCGCUUCCUUGGGGACGAGACGUUCGCGACGACGCGCUCGCGCGCUCGAUCGAAUCCGUCGACGCGGACGACGCGAACGGUACGUCCGCGUUGUUUUACGUCGCUCGUCCGCUCGAGCGGGAAUCUCGAGGGGUGGUGGUGGUGGUGCACACCGCGCUCGGCGCGUGGGAGACGUUUACGACGACGUGCGCGGACGCGUUGGCGAGUCUGGGAUACGACGCCAUAGUUCCCGAUCUGUACGGGACGCGGAAGUGCGUGUGGGACGUGGAGACGAAGAGAAGAAUUCGGGGCGGGACUGAGAAUCGCGCGGCGUUCGGUGCGAAGGCGGUGAUUAAGUGCGUCAAAGCGUUUCGAUCAAAGACGGGCGAAACUAAGCCGUACGCGGCUAUUGGAUUUUGUUUGGGUGGGCAGGUGUGCCUCGAUCUCGUUCGCGGGUUAGGAGCGUCGGAUGAAAUCGAAGAUGUGCGCGCGGUGGCGUCGUUCCACGGCGUUUUAGACGCGCCGGAGCUCGAGGGGGGAAGCGUCGCGCGGGACGCGAAGGUUCGUAUUUUUCACGGCUCAAAGGAUCCGUUUUCCUCACCGAGCUCCGUGCAUGCGUGCUUGGAUGAUUUGAAGCGACGAGGCGCGGAUGACGUUGUGUUAUACGAGUACGAAGGAUGCAUGCAUGCCUUCACGCGUCCGGAGAAGGUGAGACCGGAGGAUCUUGAAACUGGAUUUGCGUACGAUGCCGAAGCGGCGGAGACGAGUUGGCGCGAGUGCGUUCGCAUGCUGGAGGAGACCUUCAGGAACUAG